UGCCAUUCACUUGGAAAAAUAAAACAAUAUUCUUUACUUUGAUUUUAAAAACAUUUCGAUACUGUUUGCUUUGUAUUUAAAAUAUAACUAAGGAAUGUCUGGGCCAAGCUCAGUUUGCCGAACUUGCGGCAAGAAUGUGAAGAGUUCGCGAGCCAGAGCCACCAAACUCUUCGACCAGCACAACUAUCAUUUAAUUAGUUUAAUAGAAAACAUCACCGAUAUGUAUUUGGAGUUCGACACCACCAUGCCGGAUCUUAUUUGCCAUUGGUGCAAGCAGCAGCUGGACAGAAUUCUGGCUUUCCGCAUGAAGUGCCUGGAUGUCCAUCAGUCGUUUUUGGCCUCCAACAGGAAACGCUUGGAAGGAGUGUCUGCACAUGAUGAGGAACUCGAUGAGCAGGAAGUGGAGCAACAGGAGCCUUACCAGGUGGAUAAGGUCAAGGAGGGGGAGGCAGAGCAGGAGGAGCACCGCCAGUCGCCCAGGACCAGGCCAAAACGGGCGCCGCCUAGCUCCAAGACCUGGUUCUGUGAGCAGUGCGGCGGAGUAUUCAAGGGCAAGUCUAUCCUGGACUUCAAGAUCCACCUGCAGCGCCACACCGGCCACAAGCCCUUCGAGUGCGACCUCUGCCAGUCCAAGUUCUACACGAAGUACGAGAUGCGCCGCCACAGGAUCCUGCACUCGGAUGCCCGGCCCUACGCUUGCCGCUUCUGCACCAAGACCUUCCGCUCCUGCAGCAGCAAGGCGAUCCACGAGCGCAACCACACCAACGAGCGGCCCUUCCAGUGCCAUCACUGCGAGAAGACCUUCACCUCCAGUUCCUCGCGCCAAAGGCAUGAGAUGGUGCACACCGAGCAGCGGAAGUACCAUCUUUUUUGCAGCUGCGACACCUGUAACCAAUGGUUUCAACGGUCUAGCCACCUAACCCUGCACAAAACCACUAAACUACACCAGCAGAGACUGGAAAGAGCUUCGACUGCCUAAAAGGAAAAUAUAAACCUGCUAAGAAUCAGUUAAAAAAUGGAUAAACUGCAUAGAAAUUAAAACAACUUGAUUUUUGAUGACCAACCUGAAGAUACAAAUUAUAUUAAGUUACAUUGACUGAAACAAUUAUUUAGUUUAAGAAGGUACAAAUAAUUAAAAAUAAUAUUUAAUAUUUGCCUAAA